UGCCCAUCAAAAUAAAUUACCAUUUUUUGCCGAUCCCCCGAUGACAAUUGUGAUAGACAACGGCACCUGCACCAUAAAGUACGGCAUAGCGGGCACGCAGCCGCGCACCAAAGAGAACAUUCUGUACAAAUCAAAGCACAGCUACUCGUUCGUGCCAUCAAAGGACAGCUACAUCAAGAAAAUGUUCGUGAACAACAUACCGGUUAAUUACGAUGUGCUGGAGGGAACGCUUGACUGCUUGUUUUCUGAGCUUGCCAUUUCCAGGGUGGACGAUAUCGUGCUGACGGUGGGCGUGUGCACGCCAAAAAUAGUGAGGAGAGAAAUUGCGGAGAUGCUGUUCGAGGUGUACAACGCACGGCGCGUGCAGCUGGGGGUUGACUCGGUGUACAGCUACCUGCACAACGUGAAAGACCGGAAUAAAUGCGAUAUUAUCGUGUCUUCGUCGCAUUCAGAGACACAUUUGGUGAGAAUGGACCGGCUUGAUGACGUUGUAGCGCUGCCGUAUGGUGGUGAGCGUGCAAAAGCGUAUUAUAACGCGUUGCUGCGGCCAAAGAACAUACGAAAGACGGAGUUCUACGUGAGAGUAGCCGGAGAUUACCGAAGAGAAGCGCUGUCAAUUUAUGAUAAGCUGAGGAGCAGGGACCUGAAUGGCAGUUACGUACUGGAGGAGAAGAAGAAUGCGGAGAAAGCGGAGAAUAUGAAGAUUAACGUUAAGAAAGCGUUGGAGAAGAGGAGGCUGAGGAAGAAGGAAAUGGAGGAUGGGGAUGUUGCUGAGACUGAGGAUGAUGUUGCUGGGACUGAGGAUGAUGUUGCUGGGACUGAGGAUGAUGAGGAAGGAAACGAUGAGAAUGAUGAGGAAGGAAACGAUGAGAAUGAUGAGAGUGGCGGGGAUGACAGGGAUGGAAUCAUAAUCGAUAACUCGCAAAAUGCUGACGAGGACCUCGAGAUGGAUGAGCGUUCUCAUGUGCCGCAGGUCAACGGACAGUCGGUGGACAGUGCUGCCAGAAGAAACAGGAUGGUGUACUUCUCAGCGGUCUACCGCAACAAGCAGAAAAUAGAGAAAUGCCUUUCGAGGAUGAGGGACAGGCUCACGCAGAUGGAGGACUUGUACUUCAAAAUGAGCGAACCGGAGCGCUACCUUGAGAACAUGAAGGAAAGGUUCUUCGUUCUCAGGGCCCGUAUCCAGGAAAAGGAGAACCUGAAGAGGAAAUUGAAGAACAAGAGGAGCAGGGAGAGCGCACUGCUGAGCAAAGUAGCAAACAUGAACGAGAACGAGCAAUUUUUCACGGAGGAGGAGGUGGAAAUAAUCGAAAAAAUCAACGACAUCGACCACGAGGACGGUGUUUACGAGGAGAAGUACCAGAACCUGCUCAACGAAAUCUACAGGCUCGAUCCCUCGUUCGAGUUCCUCGACUUUAACACGGUUGAGAUUAUGAACGGCGACCACAUGGGCCUGACGCUCUCCAACACGGAGAGUCUGCGGGUGGGCGAGGCGGUGUUCAAUCCAAGCAUCAUGAACUGCUCGCUGCCCGGCCUGUCAGAAAUGAUAGAAAAUGCGUUUCAGACCAUCGGCAAGGAGCAGAAAAACGUAAAUGUUUUUGUAACGGGCGGCUUUUCACAGAUCGAUGGCUUCUUUGAGAGAGUGGUGGCUGAAUGUACGAUGAAUGCGUAUGGUGCAGUGAAAUUCAUCAAGGCUCAGGAUCCGAUCUUGGACGCCUUCCGCGGUGCAUCUUUCUGCGAGCACUUCCCGGUGAUAACCAGGGAGAUGUACAGGGAAGAUGGGCUAGAACGGCUUUUUGAGUGAUUUUGCCGUGCCGGUUCGGCUGUGAGCAUCCUACACAGUAAAAAAGGUUGAUGUGAACGAGGAGGUCUGUCCACCGGGUCGCACCUCAGAAAUGUUUUUGUAAUCGCGCCGGGCGGUUGAUCGUGGAUGAGAGCUUAACCAACAAACUGCUGCGCUGGGCGGUAUGUGCUGUCCUUGGCUGCAGCGCCUCUUAGCAUCGCGGCCCGUAACACGCCGUGCUCGUCCAAUUUGCUCGUUGCAUGAGCAUGAAAAACCUGAAGCACCUUAUCGUGCCAGAAACACCCGUUGGAUCAAUCGGUUGCCCAUAAAAGUGGGCUGUGCCCGUGGUAGAAGCUGCUGCUUAUUUUUGUGUGAAGGCGUGUUUAAUUAAAGGCGUUGCACGGCUCAUUCAACGUCCU